AUGAUACUGCCCAAAAAAAUGAGGCCACUGCUGUUUCUGAUUUCCCAGAUGGCCAUCUUUGCUCUCUUCUUCCAUCUGUAUGGCCACAACUUCAACUCCCUGUCCACGAAGGAGGAGCCCAAGCCCAUGCAUGUGCUGGUCCUGUCUUCCUGGCGCUCUGGUUCUUCUUUUGUGGGACAGAUUUUUGGGCAGCACCCGGAUGUCUUCUACCUGAUGGAGCCCGCAUGGCACAUCUGGAUGACCUUCACACACAGCACUGCCUGGAGGCUGCAUAUGGCAGUGAGGGAUCUGAUCCGUGCCAUUUUUCUGUGUGACAUGAGUGUCUUUGAUGCCUACAUGAAACCCAGUCCUCGAAGACAGUCCAGCCUCUUCCAGUGGGACAACAGCCGGGCCCUGUGUUCCCCACCUGCCUGCAACAUCUUCUCCCGGGAUAUGAUCAUAUCCCAGGCUCACUGCAAGCUUCUGUGCAGUCAACAGCCCUUUGAGGUGGUAGAGAAGGCCUGUCGCUCCUACAGCCACGUGGUGCUCAAGGAGGUGCGCUUCUUCAACCUGCAGGUGCUCUACCCACUGCUGAGAGACCCUUCCCUCAAUCUGCAUAUUGUGCACCUGGUACGGGAUCCCCGGGCGGUGUUCCGUUCUCGAGAACACACCACAGGGGAACUCAUGAUUGACAGCCGCAUUGUGAUGGGGCAGCAUUGGGAGAAAGUCAAGGAGGAAGAUCAGCCUUACUACGUGAUGCAGGUCAUCUGCCGAAGCCAGCUGGAGAUCUAUAAGGCUGUGCAGUCCUUGCCCAAAGCCCUGAGGCAACGCUACAUGCUCGUUCGCUAUGAGGACCUGGUCCGGGAGCCCAUUGCCCAGACUGCCCAAAUGUAUAAAUAUGUGGGACUGAAAUUCUUGCCCCACCUCCAGACCUGGGUGUACAACAUCACUCGAGGCAAGGGCAUGGGUAAUCAUGCCUUCCACACUAAUGCCAGGAAUGCCCUCAACGUCUCCCAGGCCUGGCGCUGGACCUUGCCUUAUGAAAAGGUUUCUCGACUUCAAAAAGUCUGCAAUGAUACCAUGACUUUGCUGGGCUACCACCUUGUCAGAUCUGAGCAAGAGCAGAAAAACCUGUCACUGGAUCUUCUGUCUACAUGGACUCCCUCCAACUAAGUCCACCAAGAGGGUAGAAGAAGCUCUGUCCCCAACUGGCAUCAGCCUUAG